GGAUCCAAACCCCGUCAAUUGGGUCAAAGGACGGGGUUUAAAAAUAACAAGUAUAGUUUAUCUAAUUUUCAAAUAUUUAGUACUAACCAGUAAUAUUUGGGGCGUGUAAUAAUGUAUUCAUUUGAGCGCUCAUCAAUAUAAAAAUUAAUAAUAUUGCCGCCGCUGUUGCUGCCGUGAUGGCGGAUAGAAAAAUAUGGACCCCGCCCUGCAGGUUUUUGCCGGAGCAAUGAGGUUAUUCUUAACUCUUAUUGGUCUAGAUUGCCGGGUUUGCAGGAGAAGAACACCGGCAGGAUUUGAUUGGUCAAUACAGAAGUUUUCUUAAGUUGUGAUUGGCUAAAAACAAUACCCUGCAAAAGCCAAAAUGCUCACGCUGGUCUUCAUCUUCAUAUCUUCCUCAACAUCAUUGCUCAACAUGGCGUUUAGUUCAGUGAGAGAUGAUGUUUUGAAAUUAUUUCAAGACGAAGAUUUGCAGAAAUUGAUUGAAAUAUUAAAUAUUUAUUCUGAGAAAUGGAUAAAUUCAAAUAAAAAUGUGUUUUUAAACACAGAACAGCUUUAUGCUGUACUUUCUUGUGGAGAAAUUGGUGUGAAUGAAGAUGCUUUGAAUUAUCUUCCUGCAUCAGUUUCUUCCAAGAAUUGUGUUGCAUUGAGGUCCGAAUCAUCUGGAAAUUGCUUGUUUAGCUCCAUAUCCUUAUGUCUGGUAGGUGAUAAUAGUUUGACACAACAGUUAAGGCUACUUGCUUGCAUUGAACUUUUUGUCAAUUCUGAGUAUUAUAGUUCUCACCCCAAUUUAUUUGUUGACAAAUAUCCAUCUUUAAGUCCAUCAAAUAUUUUAGCAAUGUCAGUAUCUCAUGCUGCUGUUGAUACUAAUUUUAAGGCUGCUGAACUUGUCAAAGCUGAGGCUACUUUAUGUUUGAAAAACAUGAACCAGUGGUCUGGUUUUCUCUUUGUUUUGUCAUUGUCUUCUAUAAUUCGCAGAAAUAUUAUGUGUUAUUAUCCUGAUUGUGGUCCUCUCAAAUACAAAGAAAUAUUCAAUAAAAAGGUUUUUCCACGUGUGCCAAAGGUUGAUGAAACUUGCUUCCAUAUUUUGUUUUGUUAUGAAGGUCAUCUCAUUUCAGAUCUUGCUUUUAAACAUAAUCACUAUGUGCCACUUUUAUUUACUUCUAAGGAAUUAAUUUAUAAGCCUCUAUUUAAGAAGAAAUGUAUGUCUACCAAUGUUUCUGGAUUCUUUCAAAAGAAAAUUGAUUUUAAACCUGUCACCAAGAAUAAGCUUAUUUUACCAAAGGUAUCUCUUCCUCAGCAAUUGCCUACAUCAAGUCAGGAUCCCCAAGCAAUAAUAAAAGGUACUAAUAAUACACCUUCAAGCAACAUUUCAAAUCCUUCUACUUCUUCUGUAUCUAAUGUUUUUAGUAAUCUUUUACAAAAUAGUACUAGCCAUGAACCUAAUUUUUUCCCAAACAAUAACAAAUCAGUCAUAACAUCAAAAAUAGUUGAUUCCCUUCCACAAAAUUUUGAUGUAACUGAUGUUGCAUAUUACAGACUUCGUGUUAAAGAAGGGAUGACAGACAAACAAAUUUUCGAUCUAAUAAAUCAGACUUUUUCCCCUUCUGCAGAUUAUACCUACCCUAAAACUUUAAAACGUCAGUUCCGUUCAAAGUGGUUGAAAGAUUACCCUUGGCUUCGCUACUCACCAGCUUAUGAUGGGGCUUUUUGUUUACCCUGUGUUCUUUUUGGAUCAAAGUUCCCUGACAAAUGUGGUAAAAUUCAAAACCUUUUUUUACAACCUUUUACAAAAUGGAAUGAUGCAACUAGAUCUUUUAAUCAACAUCAAUCCACAAAGAAUGGUUUACAUGAAUUUACUUCCACUGUUUUUAAUAAUUUCAUUAGUCAGAUGUUAUCUAAAUCCCAGCCCAUCAAUGUUUUAGUCAAUGAUCAGCUACAACAGAAAAUAAACAAAAAUAGAGAAGUUUUGAAAUCUAUUGUUGAUACCAUCAUUUUAUGUGGUCAUACCAAUUCAGCUUUGCGGGGACAUAGGAAUGAUGGGAAAUAUCUCCCUGAGGCAGGAGGCUAUGCUAAUCAAGCCGGGGUUGGAAAUUUUCAUAAGUUUUUAAACUUUUCAAUUCGCAGUGGCAAUCAACUAUUAAAAGAUCAUUUAGAGUCCAGUGCUAAAAAUGCCAGGUAUAUUUCUAAAACAGUGCAGAAUGACUUAAUUGGAUGUUGUGGUCAAGAAAUUACUAAUGAAAUCAUUUCUGAGGUUAAAGUAAAUAAGUUUUAUUCCAUAAUUGCAGAUGAAGCAUGUGACUCAUCAACUAAAGAGCAAAUGGCUCUCAUUUUAAGAUAUGUUGAUAGCACUUGUGAAAUAAAAGAGGACUUCAUUCGUUUUUUACACUGCUCUGAAGGAUUAUCUGGUGCUGAUCUCUUCAGUACAAUUAUGAAAUGUUUAAAAGAAGAUCUAGGGCUUGACAUAAUGGAUUGCAGAGGACAGGGCUAUGAUGGUGCUGGGUCAGUUUCUGGUCACAUUAAUGGUCUAUCUUCUCAUAUUUUAAGACUUAAUUCAAAAGCCAUUUAUACACAUUGUCACUCUCAUAAACUUAAUUUAACAGUGUGUGAUUCCCUAGACAUACUGUUAGUGUCAGAAGUGUUUGAUAAAGUGAAGGAAUUGUCAUACUUUUUCAAUUUGUCUGAAACAAGACAAAAGGUUCUGCAAAAGUUUGUUGUUGAGUGUAAGCCUGAUACCUCAAAAUCUAAGUUGAAAGAUAUUUGUAGGACAAGGUGGGUUGAACGAAUCGAUGGUCUAGAAGACUUUUUGAAAUUGUACACAACCAUUGUGAAAUGUCUUAAAUAUAUGUCUUCUUCUGAUUGUAUGUGUAACAGAGAUACAAAGUCUAAGGCUUCAAGUUUUGUCAAUUUAAUUUCCAGAUUUGAUUUUUUAAUUUCUUUAGUGUGUACUACCAAAGUUCUGUUGGUGACUCUUCCUGUCACACGAAAUUUACAAUCUAAAUCUAUAGAUAUUCUUAAAGGUAUCAAUUUAAUUUCUGCAUUGAAAAAAGAGUUAAUUGAUACUAGAAAUUCUGUUGAUGCAUUUCAUAAUAAUGUAUUUUCUGAGGCAGUUGCUAUUGCAAAUGAGCUGGAUGUAACCAUUAAAGCACCAAGAAUUUGCAAAACACAAAUCCAUAGGUCAAACACUCCCUUUGACUCAGUAUCUGAUUAUUUUAAACGUUCAGUAACAAUACCACUUCUAGAUUUUCUUAAUACUUCUAUAAGUAAGCGCUUUCAACCUGAAACAGUUGCUGCUUACAAAGGAUUGGCAUUAAUUCCAUCUCAUUUAUUUUUCCUUAAAAGUCAGGGUAAAGACUGGAAAAACGAAGUUCAAGAUUUUGUUACAUUUUAUACGUCUGAUUUUCUUAGUGUUAAUGCCCUUCAAUCUGAACUGUCGCUCUGGGAAAAAUAUUGGGAAGAAUAUACUGAUACUCUCCCUGAUAGCAUAUCCUUGGCAUUAAAAGCAGUUUCUUUCCCUGGUUUUGAAAAUAUAAAAAUAGCCCUACGUAUUCUUGGGACUCUUCCUGUUACUUCCUGUGAGAGUGAAAGGAGUUUCUCUGCAUUAAGAAGGUUAAAAGAAUACGCACGGAGUACCAUGACCAAUGAUCGUUUAAAUGGGUUAGCAUUGUUAUAUAUCCAUCAAGAAAUUAUCCCUGACAAAGAUAAAGUCAUUGAUAGAUACGCUCUUUCAAAUCGUAGGCUUGAAUUUUAAUUGUUAUGUAUAUUUGUUGCAAAGGUUGGUAUUAUAUUAUACUAUUGGUAUUCUUAAAAAAUUAAUUUAAUAGAAAAUAUGUUUAUCAAAAUUAUUAAAACACUUAUAUUAAUAGUACUUUGUCACUUUGAUUGUUAACAUAUUUCGUGUUCCAUUUCCAUUUUUUUAGUCCAUAGUUCAUUUUCAUUUAAUUGACAACUGUCAAGAAAUAGUAGAACAUAGUUGCAGGGACUAUGGGGUUACUCAGUUGUCAUUUUAUCCUGCAUUCAUUUUUAUUCAUAUCAAACCAUUUCAUUGCAAUAUUCAUUAUCAUUUAAUUGGCAACUGUCAAGAAAUAGUAGAACAUAGUUGCAGGGACUAUGGGGUUACUCAGUUGUCAUUUUAUCCUGCAUUCAUUUUAAUUUAUAUAAAACCAUUUCAUUCCAAUAUUCAUUAUCAUUUAAUUGAAAACUGUCAAGAAAUAGUAGAACAUAGUUGCAGUUGUCAAGUUAUCCUGUAUUUUUUAAAUAUAAAUAUGCCAAUGACAGCUAAAUUUUUCUCUAUUUUUUCCUCAUCAUUGUAUCUUGUUAUCUUAAUUCUUUACUUCUUUUUUAUUUGGCUGUCCAUGUCUGGAUGACAUUUUUUGUUAUCCUAGGCAUGCUGAUGAGCUCUGAUAUUGAGCGAAACGGCCUAUUAACAUCUAUAAAUUAUAUGAGAUAAUCUUGUUUCUUUAGUUCAUAGGCUUCAUAUAUAACAAUAGAAACUCAGCAAGAAAGAGAAGCAACCAAACAACAUUGUUGAAAAGAUGACACGGUAACGAUUUUCGUUUUAUGCUGUAUGAAUGACAAAUAGCCUUUUUAUUUUCAAAAUAAUUUACAAUUUAGAUGCGGGAAUGUUGUUUUCAGACAAUCUAGGAUCCUCCAAUGUUUAAAAAUUUUCUGGGCCCUCAGGCCCAACCAUGGUGGGCCUUCGCGUGUCACUAAUAUAAGUACAUUUUAUGACGGGGUACAUCAGAAAUCCUAGAUCCGCCCCUGAGACGCCUACAUCACCAUUUUAUUUUCAUAUUUGUUUGAACUAUGAAAAGUGAGUUAAGAUACGGUGGAACUUAUCUGAUGCAAACAACUCUAUGAGAGAAACCGUUUCUUUCACAGCACAACAGUUUACACUUUUUUUUGACUGUUUCAUAACUCAUUAAAAACACAAGCUGACUCUAAUGCAAUAAUUUAUAGUAUGGAGCUUCUACUACUUAUUCUAAUUU